CUGAAUCAUCCGCCCAGCAGCCCUCGCAGGAGGGGUAAUUAAUGUGCUUGGUUAGGAGGGGCUGCAUUGCAGAGGGAGACGCACAGACAAAAGCAGGGCAGGAGAUCCCGCAGCCUGCUGAUACUCAGCACCAGCAGCUUUCGGCAUAAAGAAGAUCUUGGCCAUCGUACAAGCAGCCCGUAGACCUAAUCUUUCCUUAGACAGAGUGAGAAAUGCUGGACACCAUGAACACCCAGUAUGACUCCUUCCUGUACUGGAGGAUGCCCAUCCCGGAGCUGGACCUGUCCGAGCUGGAGGGUCUGGGCUUGGCUGACAUGGCGAUCUACAAACCCAAGGGAGGAUUGGGCAAGCUGUCUGGGGACCGGCACCAGCUCCGCAAGGACAGCUCAGAAGAAGACAGUCUCCUGCAGUUCAACAGCUUUAAUUUCUGGAGAGCUCCUAUAGCCGAUAUUAGCGCCUUAGAUUUCGAUCUCCUCUGAAGCUGCCUGCCCCCAGCCCCCUCCCUGUCUGUCAGGUCCAGGGGGAGGUGUUUUGGUUAGUCUUGUAUGUGGUUGUUUUCUUUUAAAGCAGUUCUUGACGAUGCUCAUUAACUCAGCACUCCCACCCCACCCCGGUAAAGACAAACAGGUUCACCCCAGUGCCCAGUUUUCCCUGCCCACCACUUUUGUGGCAUCUCAAAUUAGCUCCUCAGUCCAGGAAAGCCAAGGAGGGUGCAAGGCGGGCAAGCAGCUCAAAACAUACCUGCGUGACCACGCGCUGUAGACCCAGGCAGUAGUUGUGGGAAGGGUUUGACUUGAGCUCAUUUCUCUUGGGCUUUAUUCUGAAACUCCCUUCUGCAAACAGAAACAGUGUAGCCUUGAUUAUUUCCCAGCACCUACCUCCAGUUCAUAGGAAUUCCCUCUUUUUGAGAGCAGGUCACAGGAGGAGUGGGAGGUAGCGUACCCCUGCUGCUCUCAACCCAUGCACAUCUUACCCCGUUACAUUCAGUUCCCCUUCCCUUUCCAUUCAGUUAAUCAAGGUUUCACUGUAGUACUGGUGCACCAGAGCACUUUGUUCUGGAACUGCCUGGACAGAUAACUGGGAAGACACAUUCCCCCCCAAAAAUUUUAGACUUAUCUGCAUUUUGCAUCCAAAACCACAGAGCGAAGGGAAAGCAAUCAGUGACUGGGUUUUGCUGAGAUGCGAAUGUGAUAAGUUUCCUUUAUAAUGCAGGGAAAUGAUCGGAUCCAAGCCGCUGAUGCCAUAAUCAAACCAAAGGAGCCCUAUAUGUACCAGGUGGGGAUGUUGCCCCCUCCAUCCAAACCCACUAGCUACAAAUGGAGCUGCCAAGAGGAAAGAUCAUUCUGGUGUUGAAAAGUUGGGUAUAGGCUGUUAGGCCAGAUUCUGGUAGCUUUUAGCACAAGUCUACAUUGCAGACUCACAUUAAAUGAGCUAGCUUAGACAUUGCUAACAGGGUGGUCACAGCCAUGAGGAGUUCAGUGGAACGAACUGCCUGAGUAUUUACUCUGCUGCUUGGGUUGAUUCCACAGGGCACUUGUACACGGGACGAUUUGCCCAUGUACACAUAACAAAAAUUGCCACGUGGCUAGCAUAAUGACAUCACCGUGUACACAUGCACAAGGUUUGGUUGUCUCAAAUUGUCCCCCAUCAUGGCAAACUAGACUACCUUCCGAUGUAUUUUAGUUUGAUUGUGGCAAAUUGUCCCGUUGUGAACAAAAAAUCUGUCGCGUGUACAUGUCAUGUACAUGUCAACUCACCAAAUGAUAUGUGUCCUGAGCCCCCUUGCCCUCCAGGUGCUGCUAUAAUUCACAGGUACUUGCAAGUAAUUUGCAGUGUGAUUUGCAGGUAUUCUGUGUAAUGAAUGUUUUGGCACACCAGGUGUAGCUGAUGAGCCCAACAUGGAUCAAUCUUCUGCUGACCUCUUUUUUUUUUUUAGUUCAUUAAUUAAAUUAAAUAACUAUUUAAAAGACACCUUUUUGUGU